GCGCCCCUUUCCACUCCCGCCGGGCGGUCGGCCAGCUCGGCUCGGCUCCUCAGCUCCGGCCGGAUCCUCCCGCGGGCCCUGCCUCCCCUGCCGCGAUGGGGAGCCGACGGCCGCAGCCUUGAAGGCAACAGGUACCAUAAAGGCAUCCACCAUGGAGGCGGACGGUGAAGGGGAAAUGGAACUCCUGAGUAGCAGCAUUGCAGCCUAUGCACACAUCCGAGAGAACCUGGAGAGUGUGGGCCUCUACUUUGUGCUGGGUGUCUGCUUUGGUCUGGUGCUGACACUCUGCCUGCUGGUCAUUCAUAUCUCAUGGCACCCUCAAGCCUUUCCCCCCAAGCGCCGAAAGAGCCUGCAGGACUUGAGUGAGGGUGAGGAAGAGGAAGAGGAGGAGGAGGAGGAGGAAGAGGAAGAAGACACAACCGACCACACCCUUUCUCUCCCCCCCUUAGCCAUGACAGAGCUGCCCCUGGUAUCCCCCAGCACCCCAGAUGGAACCCUCACAAUCAACGUCUUUGCUUCGGCUGAGGAACUGGAGCGUGCCCAGCGUCUGGAGGAGCGCGAGAGGAUCCUCAGAGAAAUUUGGCGUAAUGGGCAACCGGACAUUCUAGGGACUGGGACUGGGACCGGGACCAUCGGGAGAGUCCACUACUAUUGACCAACCUCUUCAGUUCAUGCCUAAACUGAGUAGGCAACUGUCCUGCACUCCUUGAGGCACUGCGACAGUCACGGACCUUGAACUAAGAGGGAUAAUAGCGGAUGGGAGAGGAGAGGUCUUCCCCAGAGUCAGAGUGACUCUGACUGGGAGCACCACACAUAGGCAGUGGGAGCUUCCAGGAUCAGUUGGGCAGAACUAUGUCAGGGAUACUAAGGGGAUCACUCCCAGGUACCUGCUUCUCUGACCCUGUGGGGUGGGGAGGAAGGGAGUCUAUCAGAAGUUGUAUUCAACAGGUUCUGACCAGUUCUGGAGAACCGGUACAGGAAAUUUUGAGUAGUUCGGAGAACUGGUAAAUACCACCUCUGACUGGCCCUGCCCCCAUCUAUUCUCUGCCUCCCGAAUCCCAGCUGAUCGGGAGGAAAUGGGGAUUUUGCAGUAACCUUCCUCUGGAGUGGGGUGGGAAUGGAGAUUUUACAGUAUCCUUCCCCUACCAUGCCCACCAAGCCACGCCCACAGAACCAGUAGUAAACAAAUUUGAAACCCACCACUGGAGUCUAUCAUGGUUCUGGAAAGUUCUUACGGCAACCCCUGAUGGAUCUGGAAGGGAGAAGGCUUGAGGAACUUUGGGCCCACUUGGUGGAAGGAUACAAGACCUUCGGGGGUUGAAACCUCCAACCGCUGAAGAAGCUGGGUUCAGUACGAGCAGCCCAGCCCAAUCUUAGCUGAGCUGCUUGCCCAGUGCUGGCACUGUGCCCAGGGAUGUCCUCUGCACCUCCUCUCUCCCUCCAGCUGGUGGGCAGGCUCUCCUCUCAACUAGCCAAGCCAUAGGAAAUCCCACCACCACUACCAAACAAUUCCUUAUCUGAAGUACUGUAUUUUAUCUCAGGCUACCCUCCUACAACAUGGUGACUCCUGGAAUUU